UAGGUAAUCAAUCAUUAUUAUUAAAUUAAUCAUUAUUAAAUUGUGAUUUAAACGACCAUAUGCUUAUUCACGUACGCCAGACACCUCAUAUGUAUGGCGUGUGUAGCAAGUCAUUUACGCAAAAGGGUACUUUGAAUGAUCAUAUGCUUAUUCACACAGGAGAGAAACCUCAUGUUUGUGAGGUUUGUAAGAAGUCCUUUAGACUAAAGCACGAUUUAAAGAGACAUGCGUUUAUUCACACAGGAGAGAAACCUCAUGUGUGUAAGGUAUGUAGCAAGUCAUUUACACAAAAGAAUAGUUUAAGUUACCAUAUGCGUAUUCACACAGGUGAGAAACCUCAUGUAUGUGAAAUAUGUAAAAUGUCAUUUAAACGAAAGGAUGAAUUAAACAGGCAUGUGUUUAUUCACACAGGAGAGAAACCUCAUGUGUGUGAGGUAUGUAAGAGGUCAUUCAGGCAAAAAAAUAAAUUAAACCAGCAUAUGUUUAUUCACACAGGAGAGAAAGCUCAUGUGUGUAAGGUAUGUAAAAAGGCAUUUAUACAAAAGAAUAUUUUAAAUGAGCAUAUGCUUAGCCAUGCAGGGGAGAAACCUUAUGUAUGUGAGUUAUGUAAAAUAUCAUUUAGACAAAAAGAUGAUUUAAACCAGCACGAGUGUAUUCGUACAAGAAGGAAAUCUUAUGUUUGUGAGGUAUGUAACAAGGGAUUUGCACAGAAAGACAAUUUAAAGAAGCACAUGCUUAUUCACACUGGAGAAAAACCUCAUGUGUGUGAGAUAUGUAAAAAGUCAUUUAGACUAAAACCUGCAUUAAAUGAGCAUUUGCUUAUUCACACAGGCGAGAAACCUUAUGCGUGCGAAGUAUGUAACAAAUCAUUUAGAAUAAAAUUAGAGUUGAAGGUGCAUAUGCGUCUCCACACAGGAGAAAAGCCGUAUUUGUGUGAACUAUGUAAAAACUCAUUUAGGCGAAAAGAUAGAUUAAGACAUCAUAUGCUUGUUCAUACAGGAGAGAAACCAUAUGUGUGUGAAGUAUGUAAUAAGUCUUUUAGACAAAAGCGUGAUUUAAACAUCCAUAUACUUAUCCACACUGGGGAAAAACCUUAUAUGUGUGUAAAAUGUGGCAAGUCAUUUGCACAAAAGGGUCACUUAAACAUACAUGUGCUUACUCACUCAGAAGAGAAACCCUUUAUGUGUGAAAUAUGUCGCAAAUCAUUUACACAAAAGGGUCACUUAAAUAUGCAUAUGCUUAUUCAUACGGGUGAGAAGCCUUAUGUGUGUGAAAUAUGUAAAAAGUCAUUUCGACGAAAUGAAAAAUUAAAGCAACAUUUAAUUCUUCACGCAAGAGAGAAAUCUUGUAUAUAAAAUAUGUAAUUAGUUGUUUAGGUAAGAAGGUGAUUUAAAUGAGUGUAUGCUUAUCUACACUAGGAAGGAGCUUCAUUUGUAUAUGGUAUACAGCAACCUAUUCAGGCAUAAGUUAAAAAAACAUGCAUAUUUACAUGGAAGAGGUAUGUAUUUAACAAUCUCUUCCAUUUCCAACUUCAUCAUGCAUUUAACAACUUAUUUAUACAGUACAAAGUCUUUAAUCCGGACUCGUCGGGACUUUGGCGAUUCCGGAUGCCAUGCA